AUGGCUGUCGAGAUCUGCGUCAAGGCUGCUGCUGGAUCCCCCGACAUUGUCGGAGACUGCCCCUUUUGCCAGAGGGUGCUGCUGACUUUGGAGGAGAAGAAAGUCGAGUACAAGCUGCAUUUGAUCAGCUUCGACACCAAGCCCCAGUGGUUUAUGGAAGUGAAUCCAGAAGGGAAGGUGCCGCUCAUAAAGUUGGAUGACAAGUGGAUUUCUGAUUCUGAUGUUAUUGUUGGUAUUUUAGAGGAGAAAUACCCAAAUCCGCCUCUCCGCACUCCAAAAGCUGGUUCCGACUGCUGCAAAUCCGACAGGUCAUUGCUGCCAUCGCCACCUUUGAAGACUCCUGCUCCGGCAUCUAUUAACAGUGUCUGCUCGAAGUCGCCGUCGGCCUUCAAUCUUGCGCAAAAUCCCGUCACCGACAUUCGCAAGUCAGAUGCUGCCUUCUCUCUCGACGCCUCUACUGUCAAAGCCCGAUCUCUCCUUUCGCCGGGACUACGGAGCAGCACACGUCGCCGUUCGACGCCUCUACUGUCAAAGCCCGAUCUCUCCUUUCGCCGGGACUACGGAGCAGCACACGUCAUCGUUCGACGCCUCUACCUUCAACCGCCGCUAGAACGAAACAACCAAAAUGAAGUUGCUUUGAACUAUAUAUCAAGAUGA